UCGCCCCGAGUGGGAAGACACACACGACUCCACACUCCCUCCGUGGGACAUGAGUUAGAUAUUAAUUGAGGGCCAAGAUCAUCGGAUUUCACAAGCUUGAGUAUCGAGCAUUUGAAUAAUAAUAAAACAAGAAGAAGAAUCUGCGAUCCGUCAAAAGGGGGCGGCAGCUGAUUUCUGUGAUGAUGGAUUUUUGGCUCGGGGGGGACCUCGAAGGGUGUAAAGGUUAAGGAACCCGUCUGCAACGUCCCAAAGGCAAACAAGUACGCUAGCCUUGAGUAAAGUCCGACGGGGAUCACACAGAGGCUGGACAGGAGGGGACUGCCUGGCCUGGGAGAGCCCGGCAGCGGCCUAAACGACCAGAAGAGGAGCCAGAUUUGGCGAAUCCCCCUCAGGCAGAGGUUUGUGACAUCAUGGAUCUCCUGCACAGCUGGGGGGUCGAGCUGGCGGUCCAUCUGCAGGCCACGUACAGCCGGUACCAGGGCCUGUUCAGCCUGGCGUCCACGGUGGCCGACCUGCACACCACGUUCUAUUUCUUCUUCCCGAUCUGGUUCCACCUGCGCAGGGACACGGCGCUCCGGCUCAUCUGGGUGUCCGUCCUCGGCGACUGGCUCAACUUGGUCCUGAAAUGGGUUCUGUUCGGGAAGCGGCCGUACUGGUGGGUUCAUGAGACCCGGUUUUAUGGAGCAGGAACGGCCCCGGCUCUGCAGCAGUUUCCCAUCACAUGUGAGACUGGACCAGGAAGCCCUUCAGGUCACGCGAUGGGGGCCGCCGCGGUCUGGUACGUGAUGGUGACGGCGCUCCUCGCUAUUGCGACAGAGAAGCGAUGCCCUCCGUUACUCUACAGGUUCUUGCAGCUCGGCCUGUGGGGGCUCAUGGGCCUGGUGCAGCUGCUGGUCUGCAUGUCCAGGGCGUACAUGGCUGCCCACUUCCCACACCAGGUCGUUGCUGGAGCCAUUACAGGUGUGUUUGUCGCUGAGGUCGUGUCAAAGGAGAAGUGGAUCUACAGCGCCAGCAUGAGGAAGUACUUCUACACGACGCUCCUCUUGACCUCUAUCACCGUGGGCUUCUACCUCGUCCUCAAGGCGCUGGGCGUGGACCUGCUGUGGACUCUGGACAAAGCCCAGAGGUGGUGCGUGAGGGCCGAGUGGGUCCACCUGGACUCCACGCCCUUCGCCAGCCUCUUGCGCAACAUGGGCACCCUGCUGGGCCUGGGCCUGGGCCUGCACUCGCCCCUCUGCUCCGAGGCCGAGAAGAAGGAAGCCAGCACCGGCUUCAAGGCGGGAUGUAUCGUUGUCUCCUUGUUUCUGCUUCAGCUGUUGGACGGAUGGACGUUUUCUCCCGGAGAUCUCAGGACUUUCUAUUUCCUAUCUUUUGGUAAAAGCGCUGUUGCGCUUUUAGUCCCGACCGCGCUGGUUCCCCGGGCGCUCGGCUGGAUUUGCCAUGGAAAGAGAGAAGACAAGAACUUGUGAUUUCAUGUCCAGCUUGUAUAGUUUCGAGUCAAUUAUUAUUGAAAUUUUCUCCGUGUUAAUAAAUUGGAAAAGAGUCGA